UUCACACUAUCCUCACAGAAGAAUUGAGAACAUGUCCUACAUACUUAUACACUCUUUCUGACUUUUUCCCAUGCCAAUGACCGAUGUUUCUCACUCCUGCUGUGUGAUGACGCCCAUGACUUGACGCCCACCGUGACGCCCAUGCUGUGCCCAUGCCCACAAUCUUCGUGGUUCAGGCGAAGAUGUCGACCAGCAAAGAGAGGGUAAUUUUACGAUUUCGUCUGCCAAGCGACAAGGACUUCAUCAGGAAGCGAUCCCUGGCCGAAGUUGGGGAGCUCAUCUGCCAGGAGUCCACCGCUCACGGUAUCGGUCACACCUGGAACAACCGCAAGAAUCCACUCGGUGUCUUCUGGUUCCUAGCCACUACCUCCCUCUUCAUCCUCCUCCUCGUCGUGGCAUCCAGACUCAUGAGGGACUUCAUCCAGAGGGACAUCCAGUCACAGGCGAGUCUUUCCACCAGUCCUAACUGUAGGUAACUGUCUUAGUCUCACAACUAUCCCACUAGUUGCGGAAGCUCUUGUUCCUAGAAUCACUAACUCGUUGUUCACCACCAUCGCGACGGCUUCCAUCGAUGGAACGUCAA